AGGAAAGGACGCAUAGAGGCCGUCGAGAUCUCCUUGUAACAAUACGAAGCGCCCUGUACAUCGCAACGCAAGGCAGAAAGGUCCGUGACAGGGACCUAACAUUGGUCUCUCGAACAUCGACGCCGAGAGCGAUCAUCGCAUAGGCUCGACUUUAGUCUGAGCCAGCGUCAGAGAUGGCUGCACCUCGCCGAUCGACGCGGUCUAGGCAAGUAGAGGCGGAAGAGCCUGCCAUCUCACCUCCAGCAGCCGGUCCCACACACUCGCCUCCACGCAAGCGGAAACGUAGCUUCCAGGCCGAGACGGCGCCAGUCAAGUCCGAGGCUCCGGAGGCUGCCACAGAAGGAGAUCAUCUUCAAGCGGCUGCUGAGACUACCGAGGCUGCUGCUGCUGCUCCUGCCGCCUCACCUACACCUCCUUCCCGGAAGAAUGCCAAGGUCGUGAAGCUGAAGAGACCGACGAGGGGUACGGCAGCGACGACGGCAACAGCAGUGGAUGCUAAGGCUUCUCAAGGAGCCGAAGGACAAGGCGAUGAUGAAGCUGAGGAGGAGGGCGAGUCAUCUGGAUCCCGAACUUCCCCCAGCGCUACAAUGACAGCCGCACAACGUUCAGGAUUUCAGCCACUCAAGACCUCGGAAGACUACAUCCUCCCUCGGGAACAAGAGCUCUGGCUUCAGGCCGCGGAUUCAGAGAAGCUACGGACAGUCGCAAAGCAUCUCAUGCCAGAGCUGCUGGAAGCGCCUCUGCCGCCGGAGAGCAACUUUGCAAAGCAGAGCACGGGAGUGAAAGGAAAGUCGAAGGAGAAGAUCCUACCUUCAUCGACAGGCGAUUACUUCACUAAAGCAGUCGAGCUGACACCACAACAAGUGGCGAACCUCAAGACUGGCCUCGCAGACCUAGUAGCGAUCGAGUCGCUGCCGGAAGGCUCCACCCCUUCGGGCAGCAUCAAGCCACCAACACUUGGGGAGAGGGUUCACCGAGACGUGUCUCUACGAGUUCCCACAGAUAGCAUCGAAGAGCUCAGGGAGAAGAGAUUGCCGAAGCUCAAAGGAGUCCAGCACUUGUACUACGGACCACACGCCUCGUUCGCUCCUACGUACGACUCCUCGGCAUCUUCGCUCAGCAGGUCGGCCUCAAGCUUGGUGUGGAGAAAUAAGCUUUCGCCAAGGGCACGAGCAGCGCGGGCUGCAUGGCACAACGUCUCUGAGGACGAUGAAGGCAUUUUAGAGGGCGAAGAGGACGAGGACGAGGAGAAUAUCAUUCCGCCUCCACCUCCGGCGCCCGUCUCAUCUAAACCACAGUCUUUGCCGAAAGGGCUCGAUUCUACCCUUGAUACUGAGCUUAUUCGUGCUGGACUAGAGCAGCUGGAUCGAGAUGCCGCAGUGCAGAAGCGGCUCGAAUCGAACGCUGCUCUGCUGGCAGAGCUGCAGGAUUGCCAGUGGGACCGCCUUCGCAAAGGAUACGCAAGAAGCAAGGGGCUUGAGGCCACCGCGGCAACAGGAUCGAGAGUCUCAAUCGGUCAGCUUCCAGAGGAUGAGCCCUCGCGGGAGGAGCAGGACCUAGCGGCAGAUUUGUACAAGGGCCUCGGCGAGCUUAUUGCUCUACGUCCUCGCUCUACACUACCUCUUCUCCCUACACAGGAGCAACUUCGCGCCCUUGGCCGGUCUUCCGCAAUCGAUCCCGUCUUCAACGCUCCAGCGUCGAGCGCCAAGACCUCUGUGGGCUACUGGGGUACUCUGGACCCUUCCCUAUACAGUCCCGAUGCCCCUGUGCGUCUGGCAGGCAAAGUGUCGACUAUUGUCCCAACCUUCACCUCAAGCGAGACGGUCCGACUGAACGAUUCGGGCGAGUCGCUGGCCUUCUCUAACGCAAUGAGCAAGCGAGGCAUACCUCUAGGUGUGGCGAGAGACAGCGGCAAGGGCAUGCUAGACCGGCUGGCUACCAUCGCCGACGUGUGGGAGGACCUCCGAUGAUGGGCGGAAUGGCAAUGGGAACGCCGAUGGGCAUGUCACCUCCUCCUGCGCAACAGCACCAGCAGCUACCUCCCCAAGCAAGGCAAGGGAUGCCAA